AGUAAAGAAAGAGGAGGAGCCAGGCUGGCUGUGGAGCUGCGACUGCCGGGACUGCCCCUAGCUAAACACUUCUAGUCCGGCGGCCCGAGGAAGCUCUUGUGUAUUUCUGACUCCUCACUGAGCUGUUCAUCCCCAUAGAGGAUGAACAGGAUCUGCUAAAGGAGACCCCCCCCCACCCCCCGCCCGUUCCCUCUAACCUGCCCUGCGGAUCCUACUCGGAUGGAGACCCCCCAGUGUUCCCACUGGCUCCUUUGAGUGUCUGGGGUGUUGGGAGGAUUCUUCUUCUUUUUUGCGAAAGGAACCAACUUUUGAAGUUCGAGAAGGAAAUUACAUUUCAGACCCUCCGCUCCCCCAGCAAUCGGAUUGAGGUGGAGGAGCGACGGCAACCGAAAUCACCAUGGGAAGCAAAGGACAUUAUCGAUACCAUUGGCAGAGUCACAAUGUCAAGCAUAGUGGUGUGGAUGAUAUGGUGCUCCUGUCCAAAAUCACUGAGGACUCCAUUGUGGAGAAUCUGAAGAAAAGAUACAUGGAUGACUAUAUUUUUACAUAUAUUGGAUCUGUAUUGAUUUCUGUCAACCCUUUCAAACAGAUGCCAUACUUUGGGGAAAAGGAAAUUGAAAUGUACCAAGGAGCUGCACAGUAUGAAAAUCCGCCCCAUAUCUAUGCGCUUGCUGACAACAUGUAUAGAAAUAUGAUUAUCGACAGAGAGAACCAAUGUGUCAUCAUCAGUGGCGAGAGUGGUGCUGGAAAGACUGUAGCUGCCAAGUACAUCAUGAGUUACAUCUCCAGGAUUUCUGGAGGAGGACCCAAAGUCCAGCAUGUAAAAGACAUUAUUCUACAAUCCAACCCACUAUUGGAGGCCUUUGGAAAUGCCAAGACUGUACGGAACAACAACUCCAGCAGAUUUGGGAAAUACUUUGAAAUCCAGUUUAGUCCAGGUGGAGAACCAGAUGGUGGAAAGAUCUCCAACUUCCUUCUGGAAAAAUCCAGAGUUGUGAUGAGGAAUCCUGGAGAACGUAGUUUUCACAUAUUUUAUCAGCUAAUUGAAGGUGCUUCUGCAGAGCAAAAACACAGUCUUGGCAUCACAAGCAUGGACUAUUACUAUUACCUGAGCCUCUCAGGAUCCUACAAAGUCGAUGACAUUGACGACAGACGGGAAUUUCAGGAAACAUUGCAUGCAAUGAAUGUGAUCGGGAUCUUUGCAGAAGAGCAGGCCCUGGUGCUGCAGAUUGUAGCUGGAGUACUACACUUGGGGAACAUCAGCUUUAAAGAAGUUGGCAAUUAUGCUGCUGUGGAGAGUGAAGAGUUUUUGGCCUUUCCUGCUUUUCUUUUGGGGAUAAACCAAGACCGUUUAAAAGAGAAACUGACCAGCCGGCAGAUGGAUAGUAAAUGGGGAGGCAAAUCAGAGUCUAUUCAUGUGACUUUGAAUGUAGAGCAAGCCUGCUACACCAGAGAUGCUCUUGCCAAGGCCCUGCAUGCUCGAGUCUUUGAUUACUUAGUAGAUUCCAUCAAUAAAGCAAUGGAGAAAGACCAUGAAGAAUAUAACAUUGGUGUCUUGGAUAUUUAUGGCUUUGAAAUAUUCCAGAAAAAUGGCUUUGAACAAUUUUGCAUCAAUUUUGUUAAUGAAAAAUUACAACAGAUUUUUAUUGAACUAACACUAAAAGCAGAACAGGAGGAGUAUGUGCAAGAGGGAAUUAGAUGGACUCCAAUCGAAUACUUUAACAACAAAAUCGUGUGUGACCUCAUAGAAAACAAAGUUAAUCCCCCUGGGAUCAUGAGCAUCCUGGAUGAUGUCUGUGCCACAAUGCAUGCAGUGGGUGAGGGUGCUGAUCAGACACUGCUUCAAAAACUUCAGAUGCAGAUUGGAACCCAUGAGCACUUCAAUAGCUGGAAUCAAGGAUUUAUCAUUCAUCAUUAUGCAGGAAAGGUAUCCUAUGACAUGGAUGGCUUUUGUGAAAGGAAUCGUGAUGUUCUCUUCAUGGAUCUCAUUGAACUUAUGCAGAGCAGUGAGCUGCCUUUUAUAAAGGCUUUAUUUCCAGAAAAUCUACAAGCAGACAAGAAAGGGCGUCCAACCACUGCUGGCAGCAAGAUUAAGAAACAAGCCAAUGACCUUGUCAGCACCCUGAUGAAAUGUACACCCCACUACAUUCGUUGCAUAAAGCCCAAUGAGACCAAAAAAUCCCGCGACUGGGAGGAAAGCAGGGUAAAGCAUCAAGUGGAAUACCUGGGAUUGAAAGAAAAUAUCCGGGUCAGAAGAGCCGGUUAUGCUUAUCGACGAGUCUUUCAGAAAUUCUUACAGAGAUAUGCCAUUCUGACCAAAGCAACUUGGCCAUCAUGGAAAGGAGAUGAGAAACAAGGUGUCCUCCACCUGCUGCAGUCAGUCAACAUGGAUGCUGAUCAGUUCCAACUUGGAAGAAAUAAAGUCUUCAUCAAAGCCCCUGAAUCUUUAUUUCUUCUGGAAGAAAUGAGAGAGAGAAAAUACGAUGGAUAUGCUCGGGUGAUACAGAAAACUUGGAGGAAAUUUGUGGCCCGGAAGAAAUAUGUCCAAAUGAGAGAAGAAGCUUCUGACCUGCUUCUGAACAAGAAAGAGAGAAGGAGAAAUAGCAUUAACAGGAACUUCAUUGGUGAUUACAUUGGAAUGGAUGAGCACCCAGAGCUCCGGCAGUUCGUUGGCAAACGAGAGAAGAUUGAUUUUGCAGAUACAGUCAUCAAGUAUGACAGAAGAUUCAAGGGUAUAAAGCGAGACUUAGUUCUUACCCCAAAGUGUUUGUAUUUGAUCGGACGAGAAAAGGUGAAGCAGGGGCCUGAUAAGGGCAUGAUGAAGGAGGUGUUGAAACGGAGAAUUGAGAUGGAGAGGAUUCUGUCUGUGUCCCUCAGCACACUACAAGAUGAUAUAUUUAUUCUCCAUGAACAAGAAUAUGACAGUUUGCUUGAAUCAGUCUUCAAGACAGAAUUCCUAAGCCUCUUAGCAAAACGUUAUGAGGAGAAAACCCAGAAGCAACUACCUCUGAAAUUCAGUAAUACGCUUGAACUGAAGUUGAAAAAGGAGAACUGGGGGCCAUGGAGUGCAGGGGGCUCCCGCCAAGUGCAGUUCCACCAAGGCUUUGGGGACCUCGCCAUUCUCAAGCCCAGUAACAAAGUGCUGCAGGUCAGCAUCGGACCAGGGCUGCCCAAGAAUUCCCGUCCCACCAGGAGGAGUGUUACCCAAAAUAGAGGAUAUUCCAAUAGACCUCAGAAUCCGAACUACCCCAUGAGAGCUGCUCCCCCACCUCCAGGAUAUCAUCAAAAUGGAGUCAUCAAAACUUCCCAGUUCGUCCCCCAUCCCCAGGCUCCUGGAAAUACAAGGUCCAGUCAGAAAAGCCUUUACACAUCUAUGGCGUGUCCACCUUUACCUCGACAACAAUCGAUUGGUUCUGAUCGACUUUCCCAGCAACCUGAAAGCCUAGACUUCUUAAAGGUCCCAGAUCAAGGAGCUGCUGGUGUCCGAAGGCAGACGACAAAUCGACCUCCCCCUGCAGGUGGCAGACCCAAGCCCCAACCCAAACCUAAGCCUCAGGUACCACAGUGCAAGGCUCUGUAUGCUUAUGAUGCUCAGGACACAGAUGAACUCAGCUUUAAUGCCAAUGAUAUCAUCGAUAUUAUCAAAGAAGAUCCCUCAGGCUGGUGGACAGGCCGAUUGAGAGGCAAACAAGGACUGUUCCCCAACAACUACGUGACCAAGAUCUGAAGGCAAAGAGAUGUUGGACCAUAUUUAGGGAGGUGUCCUAAAAAUGGAUGGAACACAGAACAUUUAGAGCAUCCCCCUUCUAAGCAACAGCAAGCAAUUUCUUCUCUGUGGCCUGAAGUUCUUAACUGCACCUUCACUAGGGAGCUUAUUAAGAAGCCAGGGGUAGGGUGGCACGGGGUUGGAGGGUGGUGGGGGGCCAGGUAUUAUUAGGAAUUACUCUUAUCUGAAAGGCAACCAGGUAGCCUUUGUCAUAGGAACCAGGAAGGACAGAGAUGUAACCAACCAAGAUUUAUUUAUUGUAUUUAAACUUGGUCAGAUGGAAGGUGAAGUCUACUCAGUCCUUUUGAUUUCUGUCGAAGCAGCAAGUCACUUUCCCAUGCAGGCCCAGGAAAGUGUUAAAGGCUGUUGUUGACAAGUGCCUUUUAGUUGGAGUUUGUUUAAAAAACAAACAAGCAAACAAAACAAAAAACCCCAAACUUCUUAACACUUCUCUACACCUCUCUGCCAAUGCUGCAACUCUCCCUGGAGGGAUCCACCCCAAACAAAGCCCUGGGUCACAGGUGGACAGAGAACUAACAAUGAAAGAGUAUGAGGGAGCAGUUUCCAUCCAAAUGCUGAAGUCGAGCGAUGCUGUGCUGAGUCUCUCCAAGCAGAUGUGGAACAGCUGGUUUGCACUUUGCCCAGAAUUUGUGUAUGGGAUGGUCCAGCUGGGCAGGGGCAGGGGGGCAUGGGAGGAGGGGUGGGUUAUCCACAUUGCCCUCUUUGUGUCUUCAAUUGGAAUGUGGCUGGCCCAUGUUGGUUUUAUGUGUAAUACUGUACCUAUUACAAGAAGGAUCUCCCCUUCCUCAAGCUGUACAUUUAUAAAAGCAGAUCAUAUACUGUAUAUACUAAAAUCCUGAAAUGGUAGAAACAUAUAUGAAUGUAUAAUGUAGUAUCUCACUGUACUUACUUGUAAGGUAGUUUCAUUAUAAGACUUGCACCAGGUACUUAAAAAUGUGCACUAUUCCUUUUCAGUUAUAGAAUCAGUGUUAUGCUCCAGCCGAUGCCCCCUUCUCCAUUCCACCCCCAAAUGGUCCCAAAUAAACAGAGGAAGCAGAGCUGCCUUGUUCAUUCAUAGGUUCAAAGCACAGAUCCGUAUUUCUGUGAUUCCUCCUUCCCUCCCCAGCUAGCAAAACUCUUCUUUGGUAGUUGGGAAACCAAGGCAUGGAUCCUGUACAGCAUGAGGCUCUGACCUAUUUUCUAUUAGAGAAAAUAAAAUAUGGGGACCACAAACUAGUAUAAAGCACCUUGUAUGAAGAACUGGAAACAUAAAACCUGAUGUAAUAAAUACACUUUUCAAAAGCUUGUUAGUUCCAUAUUAUGAACAGUUGAAGGAAGAAAAAUAAACAUUAGAUAGAGGGAAAGGGAAAAUAAGAGAAAAGAAAAAAAAGUGAGGCCCAUAGAUAGAGAAGGCUAGAGAGAAAUUUUAGUCUACUGAAAAUGAGGGGGGAAAGUAGGAUAUUCUCCCAUUUACCUAGUCUCUUCUUCCCACAAUCCCCCAGGUCUCCCUCUGAUCAAAGAUCAAAAUCAGCUCCCUUCCUCAUUCCCCUAUCUCUACCUGGGACUAUCUCCCACCCAAUUAAUUCUCACUUCCUGAGGUCCAGACGUACCCACUAUCACCACCCCAACACACUGAGCCCACUCCCUGCCCAGCCUGACCCUGGACCCAAUAAUCAUGAAUACCACUACCACUAGUCAACUUCUGGGCAGACUAUGCCCUCCCAUCCACUCUUAUUUAUUUUUAAAUUUUUUUUUUCCCUUCCAUCCACCCUUCAUCUUAGGAGUUUGGGAAAGAAAGGGUGUCAUCUCAGAAUAGAGACCUUAAAUGGGCAGGGCACAAGUGCAUAGUAAUAACCCGUGUUUGUAGGAGACUUUAAAAAGUUAACAAAUCACUUUAUUACAUGAUCUCCUGUGUGCUUCAAAAUACUGUGUACACUAUUAUCCCCAUUUUACAGAUGAGGAAACGGAGGCUCAGAGAGAUUAAUGUCUUGCUAUGGCCACUCAGUGUCAAAGACUGGAUCUGAACCUAGACUCUCCUAAUUCCAAAUCCAUCACUCAAUCCCCUACACCAUGUCAAGAGAUGGAAUCUUGGUUCCUUUAUUUAUUUGCAAUUGGGAAGUAAGGGUAAUAUUAUUUUAGAAAACUUGAAGUGAAUUAAACUGAGGGCCAGAUAAAACUUGGGGAGAUCCCUAGCUGGAAAAGCCCUAGAUUUGUAUAGAUCUAAAGUUAGGAAGAUAAAAGGGGGUUGGGGUCAGACAGGAAUGCUGGGAGUCUCUACAUAGCAGGCCAGAGUCAAAUACUGUUCAUUUGCUUCAGGGGUUGUUAGCUGCUGCUCAUUUCUAUAAUCAGUGUGUCUACUUGGGGUCUAGCAGCAGCUGCCAGAAACAAAACCACCAAGUUUGAAGAUAUCUCCUGGGUAAAGUACAUGCUGUUUAGUCACGUUCCUUGUGACAGACCAAGUCUUUGGUUCUUUUCCUUGAAACUUUUUUUUUUUGGCCUACUUCCAUAUUCUCAGCCUUGUUCCAAUCAAUUGAUGUUGCCAGAGAAAUGGCACCUUUCAUCACAAAGUCCCUUGCCAAGCAGCUGCUCUUAAUCCCCUCUGAAGAAAUCUCAAAUUAAUUCCUCAGAAGGGGUUUUCUCACAAGUGAAAGUCCUUCCCUCCUCAAAGUCACACACUCUUCCUUCUCUCCUUUCAUCAUCUGGCCCUUCCAGGAGACAGAAAUAGAUAAACCAACAUCUAUCUGAUUCCUUAUCUUCUCCCCUGUUCCAGGGUCUCACUCUCCCUAGAUAGCCACGCUGCCUCUUUCCCAGCAUCUAUCACUACCCCAAACAAGUGAACAACACUUGGUCUUCAACACCCCGUGAGAUUGAUAUCCCUAUUUGACCAAAAAAAUGAGGCAGAAAGCAGCCACAUGUCUGUCCCCAAAUCACAGUUCAUUACAAACCGAAUGACAACUAAAACCCUUAUGUCUAAUACCUUUGCUUCCCCACAGGGCAGAACUUUGACUUAAGUUCAAUAAAUGAAAUCUUCAGAAGGCUAAUGGUUGACAUUCUGUACAGUCUAAAAUUUAAAGGAAUGGUCUCUGAAACCUAAAAGUUGGAAUUCAUGUGGACUUUUGAGGUUUCCUGUGUUCUUCUGUUUUUCCUUGUGAAUUUUCUAAGUUAGGACAUUAGA